AUGCCACAGUUUUCGUUUGAUGCUUUCCGGAGGCAACCCCAGCAGGAAGGCCUGAAAGGCACCUGGGAGCGCAUUGAUUUGCCCCCGGUUCCUCGUUCUUCCCACUCUCUUGACAUCAUCUCUGGCUGCGCCUACAUCUUUGGUGGCGAGAUCACCCCCCACGAACCCGUUGACAAUGACAUUGUUGUCAUUCGCCUUCCCUUUAGCAGCGCUCCCGCCGACUACUUCAAGAUCCCGGCCAAACCAGACCACACGAUCCCUGUGCCGGCACCGAUCCAGGACAAGGGCAAAAAAGAUGGAUUGGAUAAGCCUUCCAAAAGGGCCAAGGCCAAAGCUGAAGACCUUGGACGGGCUGACAAGUUGGGCGAUGUCCCGUCACCACGAGUUGGGCAUGCAACAGCCGUCAUUGGGUCCCGCAUCUUCUUGUACGGCGGCCGUGGUGGGCCAGAUAUGAGGCCUUUGGAUGAAGGAGGCCGUGUCUGGAUCUUUGAUACCCGCACUCGACUCUGGACCUAUCUUGACCCGGUCCCGGCUGUCAAGGGCGGAUCCAUCGUUCCUCAUCCAGCACCGCGAAGCUAUCACAGUGCUACCGCGACGGAUCGGCCCCGCGACUUUGCCCCUCCCCCGCCAACCCAGCCUCAGACCUGGCAGGAGUGGGCGCUUGGUGAUACCUCCAAGACGGGCAUCCCCCAGGAUCCCAUUGUUGGCAACGUUGCCGAGAAUGCAAUUGACGAGGAGACGAGCGGCUACGGCACGUUCUUCGUGCAUGCCGGUGUUCUGGCCAACGGUGAUCGCACUAGUGACCUUUGGGCUUUCGACGUCCACUCACGCAUGUGGACUGAGCUGCCUGCAGCGCCAGGACCUGCCCGUAGCGGCACUUCCAUCUGCAUCAGCAAGAGUCGAAUCUUCCGUUUUGGUGGAUACGACGGACAGAAUGAGAUUGGAGGCCAGCUCGACUUUUUGAACCUCGAGGUUGAAAUGUUUGAUGACCGUGUCACUCGGGGCGAGGUGGCUGUUCGAGCCCGUGGUAGCUGGCAGUCCAUCGUGGAGGCCAUGCCCGAGGCUUCUUCGCAUGAGAUUCCUUCUGAGAAUGUCCAGGUUUGGCCCGCACCGCGAAGUGUGUCUUCUCUUGAAGCCAUCACCUUUGGCGGCGGCACCGAGUAUCUCGUCCUGACCAUGGGUGAAGCCAGCCCGAGCUCAGACGGCUACAACGGCGCCGGCAAAUCCCACAACGACGUGUGGGUAUUCCAGGUUCCGCCGGUGGGCAUGACAGCCGCAAGCUUCACGGCAGCCAUGUUCUCAGCCGUGGGCCGCAAGACUGGCGAAGGCAAAUGGACAAAGGUAACCAUGGGGCCCUAUGACGAUGAGGUGCUGGAAGUGCCAAGGGGUCGGGGCAGGCUGGCCAGUGCCCCGAUGUUUGAUUUGGAAGAGACUGGAAUUGUGAUUUGGGGUGGCCUGGAUGAUAUGAAUAGGCGGCGCGGAGAGGGAUGGAUCAUGCGACUUGCAUAA